CCGUGAUGUUAUUUAGUUAAAAAUGUAUGACAGACAAAAGCGAAUUUUUACGUUUCAGGAGAAGACGGCAACUGAUGAAAAUUUGGGUCCAGGAUCAUAUUAUAUUCAGGCUUCACUAACACCUGCGUGCGAUGUUGGAUAUGCUCCGUUCGAGUCACUGACGGAAAGAAAAUUAAAUUUCAGCUUUUUAGGUGUUGAGGCAUUCCCUUCACCAGCAGAUUACUUUCCAAAACUACCUUCUGAAAAAGUCAAGGGAUGUAGUUCUAUUGCAAAUAAGGCUAAGCGGUUUCCAUCGUUUUACUCAGAUGGACCAGGACCUGAAACAUAUAAUAUAGCAUCAAAAUGGGCGGGGAGAAAACCGGAUUUGCAUAGCCCUCUGCUUUCGGAAAAGGUUAAAAAUCAGCUAGCCAGUGAACAACAAGACAGGAGAAAACGGUUAAAUUAUUAUGAGGUAAUCCCUGAUGUUCGAUUUCGAGAUGUACCGAGCAUACCUUCUGGUGACUUUGUGCAUGGUUACGAAGAGGGUCUGGAUGGUCGACUCCACCCCCAAUCUGGACCAAAAAGGGAUGUAACACUUGGCCCAGCGUUUUAUGGGCCUACCAAAGACCCUGUUUUUACGCGGUAUAAAGGUUGUGGCUGGUCAAAGAGUACUUCAGGACGUUAUCUACUACACAGAGCUUCAAAUUCAGUUGGUCCAGGGCAAUAUGAUCCUUAUAAUGAUCCUUGGUUAAAACUUAUUGAAACUGCUAGAGAAAGAAGUAACAUUGAGGCUGAACAUCCUUUGGCAGUCCCAAGAUUCAUGGAUAAAGUUGUUCAUGAAUUGCACAAACAAAACUUCCCUAGUCCCUGUUCAUACAACACAAAUGACAAGCAAAUAUCUAAGGCUACUGCGGUGCAAGCGCCUUUUAAUACUGAAGAGCAAAGAUUCAAAGAGAAAGUUAUUGAUACACCAGGACCAAACGCAUAUGACCCAAAAAGUGGUGCGAUUUCAAGAAGGUGGUUAAGGCGUUUUCAACCUAAACCUUUUGAUGCUACGUCUGAAAGGUUCACUACCCAAAGUGACGUAAGACCAGCCCCAAAUAGUUAUAAUAUUGAUGAUGGAUUGACAUAUCGCCUAGAUUUUUCACAACUUGGAAAAUGUGUGGGAUUCGGCUCAACAUCUAAACGUAUGAAUGAUAAGUUAGUUUUCGGUGGAAAAUUUAGCGGUGGAUUAAGUGACGUUCCUGGCCCUGGACAGUAUAAUCCACAAAAAUGUGAUGGAAAAUAUACUUCGAAAGCUGUUGGAAUUCCAAAGGCAAAAAGGGAGAUAUCGAUGCCUCAAUCGUCAGUGCCCCCACCCGGCACAUAUGAUUUUGGAAAAUCUUUUGAUGUGACACAAUGCAAACGUAUUCCCGCUGUACCUCGUACUAUAGAAGGUAGGCAAAGAAGAAAUUGCUUCUCAAAUACUGCAGAAAGAUUCGGUAAACAUUCUGCGUUGGGUCCAAAAAACCCUGAUGUGCCAGGUCCAGCAAAAUAUUAUAUAUUGGAAAAUAAACCUCAAAAAGGGAAGUUUGUUUAUCAGUCGGAGAGAUUCAAAGAAACAGAAAAAGAACAACUUCCUGGUCCAGCAGAUUACGAGUUAUUAACUUCGAAGCAGAAAUUCAAAUUUCAACUCAUUGGAAUACCACAAAUAUACCCUUAUUUUGUUACCAACUUUCUACUCAAUGCUCAAUUUAUUUGAAAUUAUCGAGUCAAACCCUUGUGUUGUUACCUCAUUUAACUGAACUUUUAUCUUGUCAAUAACAAUAAAGAUUAGAAUACCAUUCACCUUUGAUUGGAUACAUUAAUAUGAACUCAUGGAAUUUUUAUGAGGAUUAAAUGUCAAGUCAAAUAAAAAAGGAAACUUGAUCAGAGAGUUUGUUUUCUCUUAUGGUAUGAAAAGUACUCGUCGACUGCAUAAAUAUGUAAUGGUCAAAUGCGGCAUUCCCUUCUAUUAUUUUUAUCAGUUCAAAGGCACUGCCCGAAUAAUUUUCUGUCCACAAUGACUUUUGCAUUUGAUGUUAGUAAUGGUGACAAAUUUUCCUUUAGCCCAUCAGUUUUCUCAGGCUCAAAGAUUUUCUUGAUUGAUAUAACUGGAAAAGCUUUUGAAAUUAUCAGCCACCGUUGCUGACUCAGUACUGAAAACUACAUUCAAUGUAACGUUGGAUAAUUCAUAUUCAUCUAAUAAAUGGUCUGAUGAAUCUGUGCCAGUAAAACUAUGAUGUAAUACUACUAUUCUCUCAUAUUUGCAUUGUGUAGUCUUUUAAAUAAUUAGGAAAUAAAAGAAACAAAU